UAAUAAGUGAAUCAAUGGAUGUCAGAAAUCACAAGAACGAUGAAGCAAGUAUGUUUAAGAUGCCUCUUCACUACCCAAGAUACUCGAAAGAAGAUUACCAAGACAUGCCAGAGUGGAAACUCGACAGGGUUUUAGCAGAUUACGGUUUGUCUACUUAUGGAGACUUGGCUCACAAGCGAGACUUUGCUAUGGGAGCUUUCCUUUGGAUUUCAACUCACAAUCCAAAGCUUUAUCAAGACAAGACAUCAACACCAAACUGA